AUGGGCUGCUACCAGAGCUGCGCGAAGCACACGGGGCCCACAAAUGCCGAGCGCGCCCUGCUCGGGGUGAACGCCGCCUUCCUCGAAAACCUUAAGUUACGACUGCACAGGAAGUUUGGUCGGGCAUAUCUCGACCUCACCACCACGGAGAUCUGCACUCAAUACGUCAUGCCCCUCACCGAAGCCCGCGCCUGCGCCUGGGUCGAUCUCCUGCUCAAGGAUCCGGUAGAUAAGUUCAACCUCGCUCCGGCCACCGUCUUUGUUUCCCACGCCUGGAAGUACAGCUUUGCCACCACAGUCGAUACCAUCCUGCGCCACGAGUUCCGGGAAGCGCCCGGCGCUUACUAUUGGAUCGACCUCAUCCCCAACAACCAGCACAUCGCCACCAAUCUCCCCUACGAAUGGUGGUGCAACACGUUCCAGGAGAACAUCAAGCGCAUCGGCCGGGUGCUGCUAGUGAUGAGCCCCUGGCGCGACCCGAUUCCCAUGACGCGUGCGUGGUGUCUGUUUGAGAUGAUGAACGCCCUCCACGGCAAGGUGCAGCUCGACAUUCGGCUGCCCGAGGCCGAGGUUGAUGGUUUUGUGGAGGCCCUGGCCGACAACCACAACGAGGUCAUGGACAUGCUGGUGCGCGUGGAGGCACAAAAGGCCGAGGCGUUCAAGGCAAGCGACAGGGACAUGAUCUUCAAAACAGUGGAGGAGACGGUCGGCUUUCCCGAGCUCAACACCAAGAUCAAAGCGCAGCUGCGCGCCUGGUGCCUGGAGCAGGCGCUGGUGGCCGUCAGGAACCGUGAAUCUGAGGACGGCAAGAGCAUGAAGUUUGCCCAUUUUUGCAAUCAGGUUGGGCUCGUGCUGUCAGCCUUUGGCGAGUUGGACAAAGCCCUCGAAAUUUCAAUCAAGGCCCUGGAGAUUUGCUUGGCCACACGGGGCGAGGAGCACAUUCACACUGCCACCAUGUACAACAGAGUUGGCGUUAUCUACCGACAACAGCAUGAAUACGAGCAAGCAUUGGAGUACCACGACAAGGCGCUGAAGAUUACGUUGAAUUCGCAGGGCGAAGAGCACCUCAGCACGGCCUCCACCUACAACAACAUGGCCCUCGUCCACAACAACCUCAAGCAAUAUGAGUCGGCGCUCGAGUAUUACGACAAGGCCUUGAAGAUUAUGUUGGCAACGCUGGGCGAGGAGGACGAGAACACGGCCGGCGCCUACAACAACAUAGCCACCGUCCUCAAGAGCCAGAGGGAAUACGUGAAGGCGACUGCGUACUACAGCAAGGCGCUGAAGAUUUUGCUCCUGAAGAUGGGCGAGAAGCACCCGAGCACAGCUGCCGCCUACAACAACAUGGCCAUCAUGUACAAAAAGCAGGGCCAGUAUGAGCAAGCGCUUGAGCAUUACGACAAGGCCUCGAUCAUUUGGACGGCAGUGUUGGGCGAGGAGCAUCCCCGCACGGUGUCUGCCGUCUGCAACCAGGCCAUGGCCUACCAGAGCCAGGGCCAGCAGGAGCAAGCCCUCGAGCACUACCGCAAGGCCUUGAGGAUUCGAAAGCGGACGCUGGGCAUGGAACAUGCAGACACGCGGCGUGUUCAAAAGGCCAUCGACAAGCUCGAAGCUUCUUCCUAG